GUUUUAUUUUUGUUAACAAAUAUAGCAUUUAAAAUGUCUUUUUCUCGAGAGUCAUUAACUGAAGAUGUCAGUAAAAAAAGUAAAGGCAUAAUCUCCAGAAUGAAAAGGUCAUUUUCAACAAGUGAUAGCAGGCCUCAGUUAAAUUCAACUAUUGCUAAUAAUAUAAUAGAGGGGAAAGAAAAUAGGAGUUCUUCCACUGAUACAAUAAUCCAACAUGGUUUUACCGUUAAUAGUAAUUCUUUACCCAUAAAUAGUACAUCUUCUAGUCCAAUACCUGCUGCUUUUAAAAUAUACCAAAAUAAGGGUGACAAUGUUAAUUAUUUUAGUGCUUUAUCGACAAGGACGCUUUGUUAUGAAGCAUCUAAUUCAUCUACUUUUAACCUAUCAACUCAAUUCUCUCCUUUUUUGAUUAAGAGCAAUAGUAAUUCAUCUCAAUUAAAUGAUGAUACACCACACUCGUUAACAGUAACAAGCCAAAAAAAGGGCGACAGAAAGAAUAUUUCAACAGUUAAUGAAGAAUUACAAGCUAAAAGCAUAUUUGAAAGAAAAAUAGCAUCGAUAACAAGUGAUAAUGACAAAGUAGGCUAUGCACCAACGCCUGCUAUGUAUUGGUCUCGUCCUGAAGUUUAUGGAAUUAAGCCAUCUUGUGUUAGGGCACAUGCUAGUGUUGUUUAUGGUGAUAAAAUGUAUGUUUAUGGGGGUAUGAAUAACAAUUCAGUUUGUUCAGAUAAGCUUUAUGUGUUAGAGCUAGAUACAUUUACAUGGUCUAUUCCUAAAGUAUUUGGAACACUACCGCCACCAUGUCGAGCUCAUUCAUUAACAGUAGAUCCCAAUAAUGGUAAAAUUUAUUUAUUUGGAGGUGGAGAUGGGCAAAUUUAUUACAAUCAUCUUUACGUCUUGGACAUUUAUACUAUGACAUGGUCUCAACUAAAAACAAAUAAGUCAUUAUCAGAUAGAAGAGCACAUUCUACAAUUAUUUGGAAUGAAGGUUUAUAUGUAUUUGGUGGAGGAAAUGGAACAAAUGCACUAAAUGAUAUGUACAGAUUUGAUUUAAAGACUGAAGAAUGGACAGAAAUUAAGACUAUUAAUAAUACAACAGCAAGAGGAUAUCAUUCAGGAACAGUUGUUAACGAUAAAUUAAUUAUUUUUGGCGGUAACGAUGGAAAAAGGUGUCUUCGUGAUUUUCAUAUUUUGGAUUUGGAGAGCCUUGUAUGGGAGCAUAUGGAAGAUAUUGGAAUACCAAGCUUUGCACACUCAGCUAUCUGUUUAGGGUCAUUCUUGUUUAUAAUUGCUGGUCGUAAUGAAAGACAAUAUUCUAACAAUUUAUUAAUGUUAAAUUUAGUCAAUAUGAAUUGGGAAACAAAAAUAAUUUAUGGACAGGCGCCAUCCCCAAGAGGAUACCAUACCUCUGUAUUGCACGACAGUAGAAUUAUUUUAUUCGCUGGCUAUGAUGGGUCAGUUUUCUUGAAUGAUAUUCACAUACUUGAUUUGAGCUCAUAUUCUUAUUUACCUCAAAUUACUAAUUUUACAAUUAAUAUGCAUAAAAAAAAUGGGGUGUGCAUUUAAUCCAACAAUUUUUUUUUUUAUACAUAUUUGUAU